CCCCGUGCAAAAUCCCCUCCCAAGUCUCCAUGCUCCGCCGCAUCGCCGCCCUCCGGCCGCCGCCACCGCCGCGUGCGGCCGCUCCGGUGGGGGCGGGGGCGGCCCUCUUUUCCUCCAAGUCCACCUCCAUCCCUCAGAAGCAGCAGCGCGUCCGCGACCACGCCUUCGACGGCAUCAUGGAGGUCCAGAAGCGCGUCCGCCGCUUCCACGCCCUCUACUCCCUCAUCCUCUACGCCACCGCCCCGACCGCGCCCUCCCGCGGCGGCGGUAGCGGCGCCGUGUCCGUACCCUUCACCCGCCUCGGCGCCCUCGCUCGCCGCCAGCUCCGCCUCGCGCCCCUUGACGCCGGCCGCUUCCUCCUGCGCCACGCGCACGCCUUCCACCUCUUCCUCCACCCCGUCCACCGCAUGCUCCACGCCCGCCUCACCCCGCGCGCCGCCGCGGCGCUCCACGCCGAGGCCGAGGCUGUCGCCGCCGCCCUCCCUUCCGCCUCCGUCAUCCGCCUCCGCAAGCUCCUCCUCCUCGCGCCCCCGCACCACCGCCUCCGCCUCGAGCACAUCCACCUUCUCCGCCGCGACCUCGGCUUCCCCGAAGAUUUCGCCGAAUCCAUCAUUCAGUCCAACCCCUCCCUCUUCCGCCUCACCCCCGACGGCUUCGUCGAGUUCCUGCCCUCCCCCGCAGACCCGCCCGACCUCACCGUCGCCGCGGUCGAGCGCGCCCGGGAGCGCCACUACCGCGAGCACCGCGCCCCCGAUUCUGGCGAGGAGGAUGCACGUUUUGCGUUCCCCAUCCGCUUCCCGCCGGGGUUUAAGAUCGGCAAGUACUUCCGGAUUGCUGUCUGGAAAUGGCAGCGCCUCCCCUACGCGUCACCCUACGCGGACGUCUCGAGCCAUGACCUGCGCUCGCUUGAGGCACAACGCCGCAUGGAGAAGCGCGCGGUCGCUGCUGUCCAUGAGCUGCUCUCACUGACCGUUGAGAAGCGCACUACACUGGAGCGCCUCGCACUGUUCCGGGAGGCGCUGGGUGUGCCCAAGAAGAUCAAGGAGUUCUUACUUAAGUAUCAGGGCAUAUUUUACAUAUCCACUAGGGGAAAUCAGGGGAAGCUGCAUACAGUGUUCCUCAGGGAGGCGUAUUACAAGGGGGAACUUGUUGAACCAAAUGAGGUACACGAGGCGAGACGGAAGCUGGAGGAGCUGCUCAUGAUCAGCCCACAGAAGGCGAAUUUGGACCGGAUGUUCACCAGCAUGGGUCGGGAAUGGGAUGAGCUUGGUGGUGGUCGCCGCGGUGGUGCUGAAUUAAGGGAUGAGUUUCUUGGUGAUGGAGGUGGCCGGAAAAAGCAUGCUGAUACUGAUGGUGCCGAUAGUGAGGAAGACUCGGGUGUUGAAUCACUCUACAUUGACUGAGGAAUAGAAUCAUAUGGUGGCAUUGGGUGUCAACUUGGAAGGUUACAGUCUCUGCCCCCAUUUGGAAAGGUUAACUUCGUGUCUUGGCAUCAUCACCAUGGUGUUGUGAUUUUGUGUUGAUGUGAUUGGGAGUCUUCAAAAGGAGCGGAGUCUCAGGCAAAAACUGAUGGCUCCAUGAGUAAAAUGUGCAUUACUGAACUGGGGAAGUGAAGACCUAUGUGCAACGAUGGUUGGAUGGCCUCCUCCCCUUGCACUCCCUCAUCUGAAGACAGAUUUCAGGGUCCAUCGACUGAGCAAGUCUAACCUCAUUGAUCAUUGUGAGGUUCAAUAAAAGAAAGGCUCGGGUCUUGGUGGCUAAUAGUUCAUCAGCUAAAUGAUACAUUGCUCCUAUCCUGAAUAUCUACAGUCCCUUGAUUAUCAGCUGGGAUUCUUUCACUUUCCUGUUAAAACUUAAAACUAAAGAAAAAUAGAAAAUCAACAAAUGUUUUGAUCUGAAUGUCUGGGCGAAGCUUUGGUGUUGAUGUAAUGAACCGAGUUUUUCAUGAUUGAAAGAACAAUCAAUAGACAGAGCAGAAGCCGAUGAUGAAACCAGAGUACUAACUGUACAUGACUAGUCCAUUCAGAUUGGAACAGAAUUACAGAAUGAUGAAGGUUCCUGUAUCACUGCAGUUGGCUUUAUUCAGGUCUGAUCAAGUGUUCGCCGUGAAGCCGGAUGUCAUGCUGAUAGGUCAUGGGGUGGUCUGUGACUCUGUGUUGUCAGUUGUCACUGUUAUGCCUCUGCCAUAUACACUGAACAGGUGCACGUAGUCAAUUGGACCUGUCUUAGUGCUGCUUGUGUUAUUCUACAGUACUAUCAUUUCAAAACUUUGAACUGCAGCUAAAAAGACAAGCAUCCUAAGGACAAUAGUUGGUACAUGAUGUCACCUACAGUAUCAUGCCUCACAGCCCUCAAGAUGCUGUGAUUUCGAAAAUGUUGACCUCUGGAUUUUUGGCAUGGAUGCAGUGGCUGACCCGCUGAAGGAUAUUGUCUUGUUCAUCAAUGAGGCUCAAACUUCGUUUUACCAUACGAAAGUGCACAAGAUUAAAAUGCACAGAACAGGCCACUUUGUGGAUGAUCUAGAUGACACAUCCUAGCUUUGUUUUCAGUUUUGGAAUCUCUUUUGUCCUUUAGUUUUCCUCGUUCCAUUAUUACUUCUUAUGUGGAAAUGUUCAAAGAUAGCCCUACUUUCGUGCACCAAUUAUGCAGUGUCUUGUUAUAGUGUCUAGCACGUGGCUAACUACAUUUCUGGAAUGAUCUGGCGCAAAGAGAUAUGCCAUGUUUUCUGUACAAUGAUCAUCAGACGUGGAGGCGAUUCACAUGUUCCCUGUACUAGCUGGUUCCUUUUGGCGUGACAGGUGGGCUUGUUUGGUGUGGUUUAGAGUAACUGCCAUCGCUGUUGAGCCUCCGCAAUUUGGUGGCUCAGAUUGAUCCACAGCUAGCGUUGCACAAGCCCACCCAUCAUUUGAGGUGAUUCAAUGGCAUUGGGUGCAUCGCUGGAUCUCUAUUUCGCUGACUGCUACGGUUCAACAACCUUCAGUCGCUUGGUUGCUGUUUGCUGUCAAAUGGAAGAUGAAUACGUGUCACGCGUAGGCUCUGAUCUGGGAGGGAUCAGGAAGCUGACGCGGAUGCCGCCGUACAGUUUGUUCGGAGGUCAAGGAGGCCAUCAGGGGAACGUCAGAGGAUGUCGAGACCUCCAGAAAUUUUUAAACAGCAAACCAAUGGAUUCUGGUGUUGCCGGCGUCAAUCAAAUGUGAUGUAACGUGUGCUGAAUCUUCUUGUUUAUCUCUGCUGAGGCUGAAGAAAUGGAACUCAAAGACAGCUCCAUGACUUUUCCCAGCCGGCUGGUCCCAGGCAGUGAGUCUGGGGCAGUGGUACUCCAUCGGAUUCCAGGCGUCCGACUAGCGUUGGACCGCAACUGGUUAAGGCUGCAUUUGUAAUUGCAUUUCAGCAUUUGCUUCCGCCACUGGUGCUGCACAAACUUUUGGCUCGAGAGCCGAAAUACGUGGAUGGAUUAGUGGAUACCUCUCGACAUGAAAUGCCAAAAAUGGUGUAGUGUACUAGCGUACAAUGACAGUGUAUGGUGUUCUUCCACAGGGAUCACAAGCGAGGAAAAGAUGAGAAUGAAAGACACUUGGGAACAGGCCCACCGCCCACGUGAAGCAAGAAAACACAGCUCGUCAGACGUCAGUGUACAGUUCUUCACGCAGGACUAAUAACAAUUCAUGCUGUGGUAA